AUGAAUGCCAUCCGUUUUCAUUAUUUUUUACAUCGUGAUUCUCUUGUCUGUGCCAGCAUUGUCGUCCAAAGACAACCAGCAAUCCUUCGCCUUUCUCAGUGCCAUUUCAAAGAAGCAACACAAUUUGCACAGCCUGUCAUUUUGGCUCCUUGGUCAAUACGCGCUCAAUUAUUGCCAAAUCAACAGGAUUUCUUGGGUGAUUUCGACACAGGGAAAACUCCUGUUAUUCCAAGUCCAGACAAUGAGGAAGGUCCUUCAUUUCUUUCUUCAACCCUUUCUCCUGAAAAAAAUGAUGGUGGCGGGACUUAUCCAAAGAGACGAUUGAGUCAACUUGUUGAAUCCCAUUGGAAGGAAUGGAAACGAAUUUAUCCAUCGUUGGAAUUUUUGACAACAAAUUCUAACGGAAAUAAAUCAACUAAUGCUGCUAAUAAUAAAAGGAGAACAAGCAGUGGUGUUAUUUCUUCUAGGAGUAAUUUACUUUCAUCAAUUCCUCGAAUGGUUGUAAUUCAGUUGGGUGGACAAUUCGUUUUAUACCCCAGUGCUUUUGUUGGAAUUUUGGUUGAUGAAUUAAUUUCCCCUUUGCCAUCUAAAACAACAAAAAGUAUUUCAAAAACAGAUGAGGCUACGUGCAAUUUUCAAACUUCAAAAAUACGAAGGCAUAUUCAUACUGGACUUUCUGCUGCAAGAGCCUCUUAUGGUUUAGGAUGUUUGCGCAAUCCAAAAAAUAGAGUUAGUGCGGCGGAACAUUCAGAUCCAUUCAAUUGUGAUUUGCAACAACAAAGAGCAUCCGAUUGUAUGGCAGAGUUUGGUUACGAUUACAUGCGCCGUGAAUUUUGCUAUUGCCGGAUAUGUCCACAACUCGGGCGUUCUUUCUCAUCAGGUCAAUCUUCUCUUACUGAAUCACAAAAAGAAUCACAAACGUGCCAAACAACUUCAAAUUCCCUUAUUUCUAAUAAUCAUCACCAGCAACCCAAGGUAUCCUUUCACCGUAUCGUUUCUGAUGAAGGAAUUCAAUCUAAUGACGAUUAUUUGAAUGUAAGGCAGCAAAUGUCUAAUUUUUCUUCAAAAAGUAGUCUUUCUCACCGAACUCGUAAUUCAAGACCGAAGUGUAUAAAUAGUAGUCGAGGCUCAUCAGCUUUGAUUACGUCAACCUCUACCCCGUCCCACUCACGUUGGAUGGAUAGUCUGAAUAAUUCUCCAGAUUCGUCUAAAGAAUAUGUUAAUAAGAUCUCUUUUCAAAAUAAGGGACAUUGGGAUCUCUUAAAUAUGACUGACGAAAGAAGUUUUUCUACGAUCAGCAGGAGUAAAGUUUUGUUGGCUGAUCAAAUUAUUAACCAAAGCACUCAUGCAUGUAGCUCAAAUGACACAAUUAACUCGGAGAGCCAAUGUGAUAUAAGACCUUCCUCUUCCUUUUUGUAUCAACAAUUACAACCAAAUACUUGCACUUCUGAAUUGGAACGCAUGAUAUUGGGUGAUGAUGACGAUGAUGAUUCUGAUCAACAAAAAGUUGCUUGCCCAGUAAAUGAAGGGGACCCUUUAGGAUUAUUGCAACGAUUAAUUCAUCAAAAUCUCCAGCAAAAUUUAAAGUGGAGGAAACGGAAAAGAAAAUGGAAUUGUGUUGGUAGUAGUACUAAAAAAUAUAAACGAGUAGCUUGGCCAACUCUCUCUUCGUUGGAGUUGCUAAAUAUUGCAUUUACAAAAGAAGAAUCAAAUGUAUUUUCCGAUGAUCCUUAUUCCUUAUUGCCAAUGGUCAAUUCUAAAGUCAAUCAUUCAAAUUCCGAACAAUUUUCACAACUUCAACCUUAUACUGCCCAUCAAUCUUUUGUUUCUUCUAGGCAGCCACAGAGUAUGUUAAUGAAAUUGUUAUUAAGUCCCAGUGCAGAAGGAAUGGAUGCUCAACAACGAGAUGGAUGCUCGACCGAAGCACAACCACAUGAUAUGUCUCACAAUCAACAUCAAAACUCUUUAAUGACAACAAUUAGGACAGCUAACAUAACAGAAGGAUUAACAACACUAUCACAACAACAAAUUACAACAACAAAUCAUAUUAUCGAUGAGCAUAUGGAUGAAUACGCAGUCACUCCCCCUGCACUAUUGGACUCUGAUGCAUCGUUAUUGGUUGGUCAACAACAACAAAUUGCUGAUCAAGAGAUAAAAGAUCAGCAGGAGUUAAUGAUGAAUAUUUCUUUACAUGAAAUGAAUUUUGGGGAAGAAGUUCAUGCUUGUGGUCACUCUUCGCCAGAUCUUUAUAGUCCUCCAUCUACGACUUGCAACACCCUACAGACUCUAUUACAUCAUCAACAACAACACACUCCCCAGAAUACAAUGCUUUCACCACCUGCUUCGAAUGAACAAGUUGAUUCUGUGAAUUCUGGAGGAAUCCCAGCAUCACAAAUAUUUCAUGGAGGUAUUCCAACAACUUCAAACUUUACUACAACUUGUAUAAAUCAGCCAACGUAUUCGACUAUGGCCGCUGCAGCAGCAAACGCUAUCUUGCAAGAGUCCAUGAGCAAAAUUUAUCCUACACCACCAACUCCGGCACAACAAUUUUCACCCCAAAAUAUUCUUUUAUUUUCUCAUCAUCACCUUCCACAUCAAUUUCAAUCACUCUCGCAAUCUCACGCCAAUUCAGAACAGGCAAUUGUUUCUGUGCUUGGUUACUUUGCUGAGCAAUUGCAUAAUUUACCUUGGGAACAACCUAUUUACGAAUUGUCAGGUCAUCAUAAAUCGCAUGCUAGACAUUUUUGUAAAAAUAUGUUGUCGGUUGGCGAAAAUAAUCUAGAUGAUAGGUUGAAUGAUGUUAGUUGUGUUGAGUGUUCAAGUAUUUUAAAUGCUUUAGAAAAUCAGAAUCAACAUAAUCGUCUAUUGAAACGUGAUUGUUGUGAAAGUGAGAGCAUUGAAAAAAUCACUCCUAACUUCAUACUCAAAAUGUCCACAGGUGUCGGGACUCUAACGGCUAUACAACUUCAUGCCUUGGCUCAAAGACGUACAAAGGCUGAUUCUCAAUUAGAAUAUCGUUUGCAAUUGGAAGAACAAGCUCGUUUUCGAAUUUUAAUCGGGAAUAAUUCCUCAGAGUUCGUUCCUCAGUGGCCGGGUGGCAAUUGGCACGACAAUCUACCACAAGGGCCUCCUUUUCCAAUUAUUCCCUCUUUGCAUCCUCAGGGAAUUAGAAAUUUUGGACCAUCAUUUCCAAUAUUUCAAGGGAGUGUACAACCGAUACUCUCGCAUAAUGAGCAGUUAGUUGAUGGAAUUUCACCAGUGACUCCUUUCUAUCACCAGUCAGUUGCUGAAACUUCACAACAACAAAUGCUUUCUCGCCAGAUUUCAUUUACUAACAAUUCCCAAAUUUCCACACAACUCGUUUCUCCAUCUCUCACUACGUCUACUUCGGCAGCUCAAACUGUAAACCACCAACCAGCUUUGACGCAUUGUUUAGAUUUCAUUUCCUCUACGACUAUUGGCAACAAGUUUCGAGAUUUUUUGCUCAAUAUAAAUUUAUGUAAUUCUUCACUUUUCACGCUGCUUAUACAAGACACAAUUGCUGAUCUUCAUUAUGAUAUUGUAUUCGAUGCCUGCCCUCUUUGUUGUUGUAAUUCAAAUAUUCGUUCAUUUGAACUUGGAUUCUAUAUAACUGGUCCUAAAGAGAUGUUAAAAUUUUGCGAUUAUCUUCAACAAAGGCAGAGACAGCAACAUCCACAAGCACUUUUGUCAAAACAUUGGAGCGGUUUUCGUAUUCCUCCAGUUGAAUUACAAAAAUGUAUUUGUGGUUUUAGUGCCGUGCGACAUCGUUAUCUUUGCGGCCAAGGCUCAGGUUUAUUCCAAGAAGAUAUUGCAGAGGCGCUUGGAGUUAUAUAUGCACCUAGUCAACGAUUACUUUUGCGUAAUUUUAAUCCUAAUGAUCUGUCCGAUUGUAAAUUAAUGGAUCUUAUUCGACAUCUUGUAAUUAGCCGUGAUGUUGCUUCAUUAGUUGAAGGCAGACUUUCUUUGCUUUACUCUACUUCACCUGAAUAUUUACAAUCUUCUGUUGACAGUUUUGAAUUAAAUGCUCUCAUAAAUGGAAUAAUGGGCGUUUGUGGAAUUCUUCAAGAACGUCAAAAAUAUCCGGUUGAUGAAUCUUUUUUGCAUCCUUGGGGUUAUCAGAGUGCAAAUUCUGUUGGAGAGCCUCGCGAUACUGAAUGUUUGGGCAUUUUUGAUGAAGUGUGUGAUAUCAUGCGUGAUCCAUCCUUUCCUUCGUUGGUUCCCUGCUUCUCAUCAAAUGGACGUCGAUUUGAUCAACUUAGUUUGCGUAUAUUUGCUCGCAUCAAAAAUGUUAGUUUAAUGGGAGGUAGUAAUAGAAUUGGUGAAGACGAAAAUGGACGUGCUGAACCUAUCCCCAAAGUAGUUGUUUUGAGUAGUGCUGAAAGAGAACCUUUGCUUCUCUCACCAACAAUGAUACGAAAUUGGGAACAAUUAGAAUUAAUGCCUAUUGAUCAACCAAAGGAUGUCCUUUAUUUGGCACUUGUUCCUGACGUGAAUGUUUUGGCUGAGAAAUGCAAAAUUUUUCUUGAGGAAUUGGGAAGUGUUUAUGAGCGUCGUUGUCGUCUUGGAAGUCAUAUACGCUUAUCAAUUAAAGAUGCUCCAAAAGAUGCUAUUUUACGUGUUGGCCGUUCUUCCUUGCCUUUAAAUUUGGGAUAUCAGAUGUUCAAUUCGUUACCACACUCUUUCUUUACUCAGUUUGGGUUUGAUCAACAUUUAAAUGAUCCAAUCAUUCAAAAAUUUGCUAGCUAUAUGGAAUGUUGUAACCAGGAACUUCAAGAAUUGGCUAAAUUUUUGACGGCUAAUGAUUCCAUCUUUGAACGUCGAGCUUUGCUUGAAUCUAUUUUUCGUCAGCAGCAUAUUCCUCUAACUACUUCAUUGGCAAGCCCUCCAGAUGCUAGUGCAAUGCCACCACCUGCGAUGCCUGGUGGAACAUUGUUUACAUCUAAUGGGCAGCAGUCAAACGCUUCGGGCGUUUUAGCAGAAAAUGGAGUGAAUUCCUUAGCAAUUCAUCAACAUCCAUCUCCUCUUUCUACACCCGGAUUUGCUAAUCAACAACAAUCUCCUGCUGGUGGAAGCGGGCCAAAUUCUGUUCCAAUUUUGCAUGGAAAUGUCAGCGGUGAUUGUUUAAAUGCAACGGCUGCAAUGUCAAGAACACCGUCAGGUAUUGAAAGUAUCGAAGAAUUAGCUAAAAUGGAGGAUAAGCUGAUAAAAGACAUGCGUGAACAAGUUGACCUUCUCUUAUCAAAAGAGGAACAGGCUAGACGUUUACAAAUGCCCCAUGUUCUUGUUAUUUAUUUAAUCAAUCCUUUUGGACAAAUUGCUGUAACUGAACAACAACAAAAGCAUAAACUAGUCAAUGUAUUUGAGAUGUCAACAGAAUUUUCAGAAAGAUUCGAGGCUUUAGCAACUGCUGCAUUUUUGCGUGCUUGGAAUAAUUUUCUUUCCCUUCUCAAUUUCAAUCGACGAUCACAAUUGCAACUAGAAUUACUCCCUCUUCGAAAAGUUUACGAUUAUUGUGCUUUUAUGGGUAUGAGUUUAAAUGAUCAACAAUGCAAUGCUGGUUCGAGGAUAUCUGCCUGGGAUGAACUUAGAAGAUUGUCAUUUUCUAUUUAUACACAACCUCGAUUACUUCAUUUAAAUAUUGCUCAAGAAGUUCUUUCGAAAAGUAUGACAAAGUUUGGCACUGCAGAGAAAAUUAAGGAUAUUUUCUUAACUCUUGGUGAUAAUAUGUUUUUAUUGAAGCAAAAUUGUUCACCAUUUCUUUUGGCGCCUGAACGUAAUAUUCACUUUCUUUCCCACGGAUCAUCUAAUCCUUCUACAACUUCGGGAAGUGGAAAUACAGGAGGUAGUUUCGGUGGUCAACAGAGUGGUGGUCAUAAAUUACAAUUAUUGAGUCCAGAUGAAAGAAUUCUUUUCCUUGCAUAUUGUUUAAUUGCUGAUGGAAAAUGGUUAUGUGCUUCGGUAACAGAUGAACGUGGUUCUCUUCUUGAUACAACUCUUAUCAACUUAAAUGUUCCAUCAGAAGAUACACUCCCACCAUUAGAGCAACAAAAAGAAUGGAAACAUAAAGAAAGGCAUUCACAGAUUGCUGAUGCAUUACAACGUCUUUGGUUAUUUGUGCGAAGUGUUAUGAUCGGACAGGAAGUUCAUCAAUGGAGAUUAGUUAUCAAUCGAAUGGGCAAACUUGGUCACACAGAAUUCAAAAUUUGGAAUGAUUUGCUCUCUAAACGAAGCCUUAAAGCUUAUAAUUCUUCACUAAAGAACAACCAAUCGAAUUCUGAUGGAUUUUCUGCUUCAACAUCUUUCUUAAAUAAUUGUCAAUCUUGUUCUAAUUCACAUGGCUCUCAUGAGACUCCAGCAAUUCUUUCUGCUUGUUUAGUCUCAACUGAAGCAGAACCUCAUUUACGUGUUUUUGGUUCUCCUUGUGCUUCUGCAAAUUCUUUAGAUAGUCAAAGCCCUGGAAAUGUGGGAGUUUCUAAUGCAAAUUCUAAUACCUCAAGUGUUAUUGGUUCUUCUUCAACAUCGAAUGUAGGCAAUUCUGCAAGUACAAAAACUGGAGGUUCUAAAGGAGCAGGUCGUCAUUCUUUACUUCAGGCUCAGCAAUGGGCAGCAGUACAACAACAAUUACAGGCAUCACCAGAUGACCGUUCACUAACUCACAUUAUUGUUUUCCCGACAAUUCUUAAUGUUUCUUGUCAACAACAAGAAGAUAUAAUGCAUGGAGGGAUUGAUGAUGAUGUGUUUGCUGAUUUUUUGGGUAAUUGUUUUGGAGGAGAAGGUGCACCUGAUGGAAUGGAAUUAGUUGAAGAUCUUGUUUUUGAUGAGGGGCCUAGAAAUGAAGAAGAAGCUCCGAUAGACAACCAACCAAUGGCUAUUGGUUAUACAAUAACUACUGCACCUGUUUGGCCAUUAUCAGCUAUUGGGUCUUCUUUGUCUUUAGAUUGUGGAUUAUCUGAUGCUUUUUGGUAUAAUUGCCCGCCAGCCGCUCGUCAUCGACGUUUGACACAUUUAAAAAGUUCUUUGCACAUAAAUUCUACAAAUUUACUUCAAACUGAUGAUUAUCAACAAACUACGGGAAAAAAUGUUGGAACUAGUGGUAACCAACCAAGUGGGAAUGCAACAACAGGAACUGAUAAAUUAGCACCAAAUCCUUUAGAUUUACCAAAUACUGAUGAUAUUCUUAGAUAUGUUCUUGAACGGCAAAAUGCACUAAGUUGGUUAAAUUUAGAUCCGGUGAGUGGAAGUCGUUGUUCUUGUUUACCUAUACAUAUGCAAGCAAUUCAUCGCUUAGCAGAAUCAAUUGGUGCAAUUUUUGGUUCUUCCUAG